UUGAAGUAAAGAUGAAGCGUCUUCUGAAAUUUCCUUCUUCCAUACAACCACCAACUGCUGAAGAACUGCUAAAAAAUUUGCCUUGGCUGCAUAAUGCAGAGAAGCGGAUUGAGUUCAUUAAGUACAGAGCAAAACUGCUUUACUUUGAUUAUGGCGAUGUUGUUGUGCACCAAGGAGAACAGCCACGAGGGAUUCAUCUAAUUGUAUCAGGAAUGGUUAAGCUUCAUGGUGUCAAACCCUCACUUGGAACCAGCAGUAAGGGCCUAGAUACAGACGAUGAUGAAGAUGAAGAUGAUUAUCUGACAGACAAAGCCAAGCCCACCUUCACAGAUUACAGAAGCAGUGGAGCCAUAAUUGGAGAGCUGAACUGCCUAACUCAGCAAAGGAUGGAAGUGACCGUUACUUGUGAAACUGUAGCACAGACUUGUUAUAUCUCCAUUGAUGACCUCUUUGAGGCUUUUGAUGUCUUCUCUGAAUUUCCUUCUCUUGAAUAUAAAAUCUGGUUGGCAUUGGGUAUUCGUAUUGCUGUAGGUAUUAUGAUGGAGGAUAUUACAUAUCAGGAUUGGACAUAUAACAGUGUCUGUGCUUACCUGGUUCGUUCUUAUAUAGUGGAUAUAGAAAAAAAUAACAAAUUUGAUCUUUAUGAUGGGACUGUAGAGGAUGCCUUUCUUGUUUAUGGAAGCGCUGAGGAUGUGCAGUCACAGAAACAAUAUGAUGCUCCUUGUUAUAUUUCCAAAACCACUCACCAGGUGCUGGGAUUAGCUAAUAUCAAUAAAGUACUGGUUGUCGGUGCAGGCGUAAAGGAUUUAGAAGAAUGUAGAUCUGGCCCUUGCCUUCAUCAAAUACAGCCACAUACAUCUGGAACCCAUUUUGGAGAUACCUUUAGUGGCAGCCAGAUGGAGCUCUACAACAUGGAUUCCUCAUCCAACAAACUGACAACACAAGCAUCAAUGAUGUUUCGCACGCUAAGUCCUCGAUUGGAGGGAGGCCGUCUCCAAACUGCCACAUCAAUUGCAAAUGUAAAGAAGAUAUAUUGAUUGAAGAGAGUUUUUAACAUUCAGAUAUUGUAUUUAAGUAAUACAUCAUUUCAUAUUAUCACACAAUGU